AUGUCGUCAUUGUUCAAUCCCAACUAUUUUGAUGCUAUUUUGAACUUAAUUCAAGGCCGAAGUGGCACCAUUUCUACCCUUUGGGGAAUGUUUUGGCAAGCAUUUUACGCACUCGCUGGUUGUGUCAUCGGAGCAGUUUUAUUAGGGAACUACGGUGCUCUAAUUGGUACUGUCAUUGGUGCAUGGUUAGGCUUCAAGGCUGUCAAUCCAUAUCAUUCAUUGGCAAGUCAAUUACGAGAUCUAGAUGAUCAUCAUAAACGAAAUCUUGCUGAUGAAGUUCGUCGCACGGUCGGUUCGUCAUCGAUUGACAAUUUACUCCGUUAUGCUACUAAUACAAGUGGUCGACAAUUGAUUUUUGAUAUUAUCCAACGCUAUUUGAACAGCGGUCAAUCGAAUAAUAAUUAUCCCAAUGAUCGAUACAAUCCCAAUCCCGGUUUCUUUUCCCGAUUAUUUUCGUAA